AUCCCAAUAGAUCAGUCGCAGCCAUUUUACUCCGUCAGAUAAACUUGGCUCUUCUGAAAAAUACACAACCUACAUCCGCCCAGGGCCGAUCGUGCUGUCGUGGUGUCUAUCGGAGCGCAACCUUUUUCUUGGCUUCAAGACGUUGCAGUUCGGUCUCCUCAUCCAUGGCUUAGAGUGGCAGCGAGCGAUCAGACAGACUGACCAAGACGGCUGAUCCUCUCCUCACCGACCAAAGUUGUCGCCGUGACAUCAGAGGCAGGAGGGCUGCCUCGCCUUCAGACUCUUCCAUCGCUGCCCGAGACCCCUCCCAAAUCCAACCUCCCUGCCCUCUUUAUAACGGCACCAUGGAGCUCCAGGCUUCCAUGGGGCUGUUGGGAGCGGAGGGGGAUUGUGGGAUGUUGAGUCUCCUAGUGCCCAGUCCCCAGAGUGAGGCUGUGACCCACGAGUUGGAGGAGCUGACUCUCCAGCCCAAAGUGAAGCUGCUCCCCCUCAACGAGCGCAAGAACGUCCUGCAGCUGAGGCUCCAGCAGAGACGGACCAGAGAGCAGCUGGUGGACCAGGGCAUCAUGCCGCCCCUCAAGAGCCCAGCUGCUUUCCAUGGGCAGAUACGCAGCUUGGAAAGAGCAAGGACGGAGAACUUCCUCAAACACAAGAUCCGCAGCCGACCGGAGAGAGCAGAGCUGGUCCGCAUGCACAUCCUCCAGGAGACGGGGGCGGAGCCGUCUCUGCAGGCCACCCAGAUGAGGCUGAAGAGAGCCCGGCUGGCCGACGACCUCAACGAGAAGAUCGCCCAGCGCCCCGGGCCCAUGGAGCUGGUGGAGAAGAACAUCCUGCCCGUGGACGACAGCGUCAAGGAGGCCAUCAUCGUAGGCCAGGUCAACUACCCCAAGGUGCUGGAGGACGACAGCGGGGACGCCAUGUCCCCCGAGACCCCGGCCAGCCAGGAGUCCCAGAGCUCCGCCCCCUCGCCCCCAGAGACCCGGCCCCCAGAGACCCCCACCCAGGCCCCAGCUCCACCAGCUCCACCACCACCACCACCAACCCCGCCCCCGCCGCCGCCACCCCAGACCCCGCAGCCCGUCACAGUUGUUUCCCAAGCGGUGGCAGACUUCAUGAAGGCAUUCUCCACCAACGAGCAGCUGACUAUUGGCCAAGCAAUUCCUCCUGCACAGCCAAUCACCACUGUUCUCCCCUCAAAGCCCGGCCCGACGCUUAUCAAACAAAGCCAGCCAAAGCUGCCGUCGGAGAAGAGCCGCAGUAAGAAGGGCAAAGAGGCCAAGUCGCGGGUGAGGAAGCUCAAGUACCACCAGUACGUUCCCCCCGACCAGAAGCUGGAGGCCAGCGAGGCGCCCAUGGACUCCUCCUACGCACGGCUGCUCCAGCAGCAGCAGCUCUUCCUCCAGCUGCAGAUCCUCAGCCAGCAACAGCAGCACUACAACUACCAGACCAUACUGCCUGCUCCCCUCAAACCAGUGGGCGAGGGUCCAGGGCGCACCUCCAUCGUGGUGUCCCUCCCGGCCGCGCCCAUGCCCCAGACCUCGCCCCCUCCCCCCCAGGCGGCCCAGACCCCGGCCCGGCUGUGCGGCUCCCUGUCCAACCGCAAGCCCGGCGUGCUGCCCGCCAACCUGGAGGAGAUGAAGGUGGCCGAGUUAAAGAUGGAGCUGAAACUACGCGGGCUCCCUGUGUCCGGAACGAAGACCGACCUGAUGGAGCGGUUGAAGCCCUUCCAGGACAACCACGGCACCUCAACCCACACCGCCACCCCUAUGGAGCUGAGCAACGGCGGCCUUGCGGGACGCCUACCUGUCCAGCAGAGGGCUCUGGAUGGCACCGGCUCCACCCCUCCAGUCUCCCCCCUCUGCAGCGAGCUCUCCAUGCUCCAGCAGGACCUGGCCAGGUCCAGGGCGUCCCCCGACCCCCAGGAGGUGAGCCCCGGGCGGGGAGGCCUGGUGUGGGCCCACCCGGGCCAGGUACCGGUCCCGGAGGAGAAGGACCGCCGGCUCCACGAGAAGGAGCGGCAGAUCGAGGAGCUGAUGAGGAAGCUGGAGCAGGAGCAGCGGCUGGUGGAGGAGCUCAAGAUGCAGCUGCAGGUGGAGAAGAGGAGCCAGGACACGCCCUCCUCCGUCAGCUCCCCCUUCCCUUCCGCCCCUACCACCACCGCCGCCGCCGCGCCCGCCCUCCUCAACUCCAACCUGGUCAAAAUGGAGGGCCGACUCCCGGCCAACUGCUCGUCCACUAACUCCAUCCUGGGCCCCUCGGCGCUCCCCAACCAGCGGGCCCCCGUGGUGAAGCUGGAGGACGUCACCGUGGCCUCGGGGAGGCCGGUCCACCCCCAGGCCCAGUCCCAGAUGAUCCCCCAGGUGCAGCUCUUCUCCCAGAUCCAGCGCCAAGGAGGCCCCGGCCCCCGCUUGGUCUCGCAGUCCCAGCGGAGCCCCAACGGCCAGCAGCAGCAGCAGCAGCAGCAGCAGCAGCAGCAGCAGCAGCAGCAGCAGCAGCAGCAGCAGCCGGCCCCCAGCCUGCAACAGUUCUUCAUCAGCCACCAGGGCAACGUGUCCCAGGUCCUGGGGCAGCCCCAGACCCUGCUGACCGCCGGGAGCCAACCCACGACACAGAUCCUCCUGCCCGUCUCUCUGCCCGGUAACACCACCGCGUCCACCACCACCAUCCAGCUGCCCACCUCCUCUGUGAGCCUACAGCCCGUGCUCCAGCACACGAUGUCCAAUCCAGCCCCUGGUCUGGUGCGGGCCUCGCUCGGCCCGAUGGAGACGAGCCAGCCGAGCCAGCAGCUGACCAGUCACACCCCUCUGAUGCAGACCCUGACGAUGUGCAACAACACUCCCACGGGCCUGGAGACGCAGAAUAGGCCGGAGGCGAAUCCCCAGUGUUUCCUGAGUCGUUCCCCGGAGAACAGGGUUUCCCCGCGGGCUUCUCCCAACCACAGCCUCCCCAACGGAGGCCUCAACAAGUGUCCCUCUCCGUUCCAGCAAACCAUAAUCCUGAGCCCCACAUCGCAGGUCGUCCAGCCCCCAAAGAACAAGGAGCCCCCCAGAUACGAGGACGCCAUCAAACAGAGCCGCAAUCAGCAUCUGAACAACAUCUCACAGGUUCCCACAGCAACCAGCCAGCAGAUGGACGACUUGUUCGAUAUCCUGAUAGAAAGUGGGGAGAUAACCCCCUUCACCCAGCACGACCCCCACGCCGCCCUCCCCAAGAGCCUGCCGGUCACGGCCACCGUCACCACCCUGCCGGUGAACACCGCCUUCUCCAGACCCCCGCCCCACAUCCAGGUGGCCCCCCCGCCGGCCCUCAGCCCGUCCCCCGACCCCAGCCUCUCCUCCCUGGCCUCGGACCGCCAGCUGGAGGCCUUCCUGGAGCGCACCCUGGGCGGCACCUCCCCGGUGUCGGACCCCCGCACCCUGGGCCUGAUGGAGGAGCUGCAGGCGCAGCUGAUGGAGCAGCAGCAGCAGCACCCCUACUCCCCCAUGGACACGUCGGAGCUGUCCUUCUGCGACUCGUCCCCGUCCUCGCUCAACAUGGGCCUGUCCGACCCGGGCCUGGACAACAUGGAGUGGCUGGACCUCACCAUGCCCCCGGGGCCCGCCGGGGCGCUGACCCCUCUGGGGAUGCCCUCGGACUUCCUGGACACCCAGGACCUGCAGCUGCAUUGGGAAUAGAUGGGAGAAGGACGGACUACGCCCGGGAGAAGGACGGACUACGCCCGGGAGAAGGACGGACUACGCCCGGGAGAAGGACGGACUACGCCCGGGAGAAGGACGGACGGACCGCGGAGGAGGCUAGUGAGGGGAUGUCCACCGAUGGCUAUUCCAGUGAGGGUAUUGUGAUGACAACGGUAGCUUCUCAGAGAGAGGACGCUGAGCUAGUCCGAGGGCCGCAGCGCUUGUCGAGGAGUUGCUCCCUCCCAUUCGAAUUGUUCACAAGUUUUCACGACGGCCAAUUCGGCCAGCAGAAGUCGAAGCUAUGUUGAUCAUAGCGCUACCUUUCUGUUAUCAAAGAGUCCAUUUAUAAUUAGCACUUGAUCAAAGUUGAGAAAGUCACAUUGGGCUUUAUAAGUCAUCAUUAACCUGGGUAACCUGUAGACCACAACCUUGAGCACAGGGUUAAACGGUAGACCAGACCGGGCCGUGGGAACAUUAGGUAUACUGAGACUUUUUGGUGUGUGGGUGUGUGCAUGUAAAUACUGCAUAGCGCGUUUGGCGAGGGUGAGGUUGUGGGAGAGGUUUUCCUCGGUUCUUCAGAUAUCCUUACCUCAGCUUUCCGCUGGACACACAAGGCACACAAGGCACACACACAAGACCCUGACGAGACAACUCUCAACGUUGGCUUGGCGACGUGCCCUUUAGGUAGACAUCGGCAGCCUAUGCUGUCGAUUGAGGCAUUCUGUGCCAAACUAGGUUAGGUGCUGUCAGUGAUUCUCUGGCCCGGUUUACCCAGUGUUAGGCCGGGCGCAUUGUCGUCUUUAGACCAGGACCAGGUUGCUUUAGGAUCUCUGUCGUUGUCAAUACUUUAAAAUGACAAAAGCAAAAGCUCACUUUCUUCCAUUUACUGCAUCUGAAUGCUCAGUACACACGCUUUAACCCUGUACAGCACUUAAUCCAGAAUAUACAACACAUGGGCCACCUAGCAUGUGGCCAGAAUAGUCUGCGAUAUGACGCCGGCACCAUACGAGUGACGUCUUGUCAAGCCGUUCCGGUGAAACCGCAGAACCAAUGAACAACGAGUCGUCAGACGACAGUGGGUCGGAGGCUCCUCCCACUCAGUGAGAGACACUAUGCACUAAAGAGGCGGGGCAAGCUAUCGCAAACCUCGCCUCCACAUCCAAAAGUAAAUGUGAACUUGGCGCCGAGCCGACCGCGGUGGAUCGGCACCCCGGAACAAAACGACGACCACGGUCACCACGGCGAUCAGCCCUGGUGAUCGCCCGAAGCCCUGAGCGCCUGAAUGUAAUCUCUGAGAUGUUAAGGAGGACUAAAGCAAGACGCUUGUCACACAUCUGGCAGCUCAUUCGUUUUCCCUGGCGAUUGAAACUAAAACCGACCACAGCGACUAAGGGAACGAGUACCGACACAUCAACACAUGCACAGCCGACUGAAGUGCAUGUGUGCUGCUGUCACACCCUUAUGAGGUGUCUGAAGACUUUACAGAGAGGUGCUACUUGUUCAUCUAUAUAUAUCUAUAUGUUUAUAGAUAUACACAUAUAGAUAUAUAUAUCUAUAUAUAUAAAUAUAUAUAUAUAGCUGUUGUAAAUAUCUCUCUGCACUUUUGUUUGCAUGUGGUUCAGAGUGGGAACUUGGCCACUGAGAUGGUAAAUGGUUUCACAUUGAGGGGCGGGUCUAUGAUGUCUGAGCUCCACCCGUCGUUGGUUGUCCUAUGUCGAGCCAAGUGGCAGAGGAGAGGAAUGUAGACUCGCCAGCCAAUAGAUAACUUUAAGAUUAAGAAGAUUCCUUCCUGCCCGUGUGUCUGUGUCUGCGUGUUUGUGUGAAGGAGAGAAAGAGGAAGAAUGUGGGCAAGCAAGCAUGUUUGUUUACACGUGUAUAUUUGUCUUUCUGUGUCUUUCUGCAUGUAUGUCCUGGCUCAAUUUCUCCAUGUGUACAAUUAUAUCUGUGUUAAAAAAUCUCAGACAAGUGUGAUCGAGCCACUUUCCCUCCAGCUGUCCGCUUCAAAUAUAUAUCUAGAGAACAAGGACAUGAACACGUGUUGACCUUUUGCUAUUGCUCGAUACUUUAACUCUUACUUUAAAGAAAAGGCUUUUGAUGACUGUUGAACCCGGGUUCGGUUUUAUAAAAUGCAUCUUCUGUUUACUGCUUUGACACGGUGAAAUCUUUCUCUUGGAUAGAACGUACCUUUUUUAAAACGACCAUCUUUUUGAUAUCUCACUACCUUUCGAUUGAUACACACUUGCUGUACAGUGCUUUGGAAUCCAAGGAGUUUUUAUUAUUAUUGAUCUAAUUUGUUAAGGCCGUUCUCUUCACUAGUGCUGCUACUAGAUCUAUGACAGAGGGCUUUGGGUGUCGCUGGUUGGUCAUUACGAAAGCCAAUUUCUUUUGUGGAGAUAUACUGUAUAUAUAUAUAUAUAUAUAUAUUAAUAUGUAUAUAUAUAUAUAAUUUCAGAAAACCCUUUAAGAAAAUAUUUAAUUUAGUCCUGACAACAUGAUACGUUUUGCUGCUCACUUCGGCAAUAAUCUUGCGCCUUAGCAAAGACAGUGUCAGGAGACAGUUUUUCAAAGCUAUAAGGGUCAUGCAAAAAAUAUAGCAUAGGGGUGUUCUCUAUGCUAGUAGAGAGUAAUAACUUGAUAAGGAAUAAUAUCAAUGGCAUGAAGAGAUUCUCUUCUUGUCUUUUCAUCACCCAGCAUCGAUUACUGCAACUGCUCGAAUAUCUGCAAAGGUUUUGGGAAUUGUUUGAUUCAUAGUGUUUGUUUCAGCCUGUGUUGUUUUUUAUAGAUUUACUUUUCAAAUGAUCAACACAAUCUUCACGCAUCCUGUCCAGCAGUGCAAUGACUGUUGUUAGUCAUUUAUAGUUUGUCAAUUAUUCAAUAUUGAAAUGGUGGAUCAUUCCACAGAUGUGUGAUGUCAUGGUGGUUAAUAGUUGUCUCGUUAAGGUUAAAGCUGCACUUUAAGGAACACAACAGAAGCAGGAGGUGUGUGUGUGUUUGUGUGUGUGUGUGUGUGUCUGUCAGCAUGUGCGUGUGCAUGCGUGUUCGCCCAUCUGUACAGGUCUAUUUAUGUUUGUGUGUGCCCGCAGUCAAAGAAAAUGCCAAAUACUGCACAUAUAGUACAUCAUGUACUUCCAAAAAUUAUCAUGACUAAAUAUUAUUACAGUGGUGCACUUGUUAUGUUUUUGUUGAUUAUAUUCAACCAAGUAGGAUAGACAGAAAAUGUCAGUACUUUUGUAGACAUGACUUUACAACAUAGGACUAUGUUUUUGACAUUCGCUCUGCUAUCUUUAGGGCUUUAUGAACACGCAUCCUUUUGUUGCCAAAAAUGGCAGAGGAACACUGAAUAUAUGGUUGCAUUGAUUAUAUAUUGUCACAUUGAAUAUAUUGUUAUUCUAUUGAUCACUUUUUUUGCUGAAUGUCAUGGUUUCAUUGUUUAGUUUAUUUCUAUUUAUCACUUUUUUGGGAAUAAGUGUGUAGAAGAUCAACACUGUUUAAUCUUUUUUUUAAGAAGUUCUGCAAAAAUAAUUUGCAUUUAAAAAAAAUGUAAUUGUAAUUUGAAGUUGUUUUUUGUUAACCUUUCAUAUCAGAUUUCCUCUAAAUCCACGGCAGCCAUGCUAUAGGUUUAUAGAGACGUGCUGUGCAUGAUGCUAUAUGUUUUUUUUGUUUUUUUAAUCGUGUGACACCACUUCCCAUUGGCCACAGGUUGUAGGAGGUUAUCAUUCAUUGGCCAGAGACACAGCUCAACGCAAUACUCCCAGCUGAUCUCCUGAUAUACCGUACUGUAUGUCCGAUCCUGCCUGAUUAUCAAUGCAAGAUCCUUUACAAAGUCAUACAUAAUGUUAACGGCUGUUCUGGUUAUAGCACUUCAUAUCUUAGUCUUGUCAUGGCGGGGCUUCUAUUUUGGUCGAUGUGAUGUAGGGUUAUUUGGGUAAUUUAAAUGCUUUACAGAAAUGUAGUCAGUUUGCAUAAACCGUGUUAGACCGAGAUUUUACAAAAAGACUAAAUUGUGACACUAUGUUGCGUAGUUUAGCAUAGAGGAAAAAGGUUUACGAAGAACCACAUGGUUCAGGAUAUGGCACAUGGAGCCCUGGUGGCUCUUGAUUGGGCCCUGGUUUAAUAUGAAGCAAUAAUGGAAAAUAUUUUUCUUUAAAGCGCCACUUGACAGUCUUAGCCAGGCAGCAUUGAUGUUUCUAGCUCCUUGAGAUCGGUUUAGAAGCACUUAAAACCGUGCGUGUUCUCCGACCAGGGUGCAACCCUGACCCCGCCCCUUCCCGAUGUCACCACUCUCUCGACCUCUAUGCCCCGCCCUUCAUCGCCGUCCAACACCCAUAUCUAUCCCAAGAGUUUCUACUGUGUCAGAGGCAGCAACGAUACAAUCCACAAUGUCUGUUCCCUUUGCUCAAACGCUUUUCUAUUACAGUGCAGUGCUGUUCUGUUAUGGUGCAGUGCUGUUCUAUUACAGUGCAGAACUGUACUAACACAUUACAGCCCUUCUAUACGUGACAGUUGGGCAGACGGGUCAUCACGGCCUUCCAUCUCCAUGUCAGUUGGUUUUUGUAAGGGUUAGUGUGAGUCCACCUUCUGUUGGCUUUCACCCAUUGGCUCUCCCCCCGAUACUCCCCCCACACCCCUUGCUAUGCCUUGUGUUGUGUGUAUGCCAUAUGUUUUGCACAUUGUGUACAUAUUUAUAUAGAUGUAAUGCAUAUUUUUCUACAUGUGUAACACAUUUUGUAAAUAGUACUCGAGAUGUGUAUAUAAAUAAUGUUACUGUAUGCCUUUUAUGUUGUCAAUAAAACAAUUGGUGUACUGUGAAUGUGAAUAGUGUUUACGGUUCUAGAUGGUCGGUCGUGUACUACUGUAGUACACCAGAUGGAUCAUGGACCUAUUAAAGAAGGGAUGGACAGACUGAGAGAUUAGCUCUGAAAGAGCCGUAGGGUCGGUUAUCUAAUGCCGCGUUUCCACUGCAGGGUGCGGUACGGUUCGGUACGGUUCGGUUCGCCUCAGUCCGGGAGGGAGGGGGCGGUAUAGCCCAGCUCAGUUCCGAAAUCGCGUUUCCACCGCCGACAGUACCUUAGGGUAGGCCGGAUGUUGAUCGCCGCGGCAGCUACGUAAACUUCGUAAACAACGUCUUGCUCCCCAAGAAUGCAGAGGAACGUCUCCGCCUCCUUGUUCGCCCAAGCAAGCGUUUUACGCGACGUGUUCAUUGUAAAGAAUAAUACCUCGAGGCUACUGUUUGUUUUUAUUCCCACGUCGUCCGGAAGAGACGGUUCUGUCGACCAAUCAACGGAGGGGGUUUGUAGCUCGAUUUUUCCGGUACCCUUUCAGGCGUCUCGUCUCGUUUUCAGUGCCCCAACGGAGGAGUACUGAAAACGAGGGAAAA